GAUAUUUCCAUUGCAAUUAUCGCUUCAAACGCCAACCAUUCCUCAAAGUCAUCACAAAACCAUGGGUUUGUUGUGGAUGCCGACAUCAUGUGUUCACACAUUGUUCCUCUUUUGUUGUGCAUUCUUUGUUUCUCAAGCUCUUGGGGCCAGAAUCUCACCGCCCCAUAAGCCUCUUCCGUUCAUUUGGCCUCUGCCUGCAAAAUUCAGCUUCGGAAAUCACUCUCUUUCUCUUGACCCUGCACUUUCUCUCUCUGGAAAUGGUGCUGCCUCCGCCAUUGUUCGCGAUGCUUUUGCUAGAUACAAAGGGAUUUUGUUCAAGCAUGGUGAUAGGUUCAGUUUUCUCAGAACACUGAGGCCCGUCUAUGAUGUUUCCAAAUUGAGCAUCACUCUUCAUUCCAACAGUGAGGAGCUUCAACUUGGAGUGGAUGAAAGCUACAAUUUGUUCGUUUCAUGGCCCCAGGUGCAUUCUGGUGCUGGACAAGUCACAAUUGAGGCAAAUACUGUUUUUGGUGCAUUGCGUGGAUUAGAGACAUUCAGCCAGUUGUGUUCUUUUGAUUAUACAACUAAAACAGUACAAAUAUACAAGGCACCUUGGUCCAUCCAAGAUAAACCUAGAUUUCCAUACCGUGGCCUUAUGUUGGAUACAUCAAGGCACUAUUUACCAGUUGAUGUAAUUAAGCAGAUAAUUGAAUCUAUGUCCUACGCUAAACUUAAUGUUUUACAUUGGCACAUCAUAGACGAGCAGUCAUUUCCUCUGGAGGUACCUACUUAUCCAAAUUUGUGGAAAGGUUCAUAUACGAAGUGGGAACGUUACACAGUAGAGGAUGCAUAUGAAAUUGUCAACUUUUCCAAAAUGAGAGGAAUAAAUGUGAUGGCGGAAGUGGAUGUCCCUGGUCAUGCAGCAUCAUGGGGUGUUGGAUAUCCUGAUCUUUGGCCGUCAUCCUCCUGUAGAGAGCCACUAGAUGUUUCGAAGAAGUUUACUUUUGAUGUUCUUUCUGGUAUUCUAACAGAUAUGAGAAAAAUAUUCCCAUUUGAGCUAUUUCACUUGGGUGGUGAUGAAGUGAAUACAGAUUGCUGGACCAAUACUACUCAAGUGAAGAAAUGGCUUCGGAACCAGAACAUGACUGCCAAAGAUGCCUAUCAAUAUUUUGUGCUGAAGGCUCAAAACAUAGCUCUUACAAAAAAUUGGAGUCCAGUAAACUGGGAAGAAACCUUCAAUACUUUUCCAUCUAAGCUCCAUCCACGGACUGUGGUGCAUAACUGGUUGGGCCCUGGAGUUUGUCCAAAGGCUGUUGCAAAAGGCUUCAGGUGUAUUUUCAGUAACCAAGGUGUAUGGUAUCUUGACCAUCUAGAUGUACCUUGGGAUGUUGUAUACACUGCUGAGCCACUAGAAGGAAUACAAAAAGCUUCAGAACAAAAACUUGUACUUGGAGGAGAAGUCUGUAUGUGGGGUGAGACUGCUGAUACAUCAGAUGUUCAGCAAACAAUAUGGCCUCGAGCUGCAGCAGCAGCAGAACGCUUGUGGAGUCAGAGAGAUUCUACUUCAGGAAAUGCUAACAAAAUUGCAUUGGCCCGGUUGCAAUACUUCAGAUGUCUCUUGAAUAGACGAGGGGUUCCAGCUGCUCCUGUCACAAAUUUUAAUGCUAGAACUGCUCCUGUCGGUCCAGGCUCAUGCUUUGAUCAAUAAACUUAUCAUAUGCUUCAUCUGCAUUGCGAAUGCAACUCAUGUUUAUUGUAAUAUUGUAAGUUAUUGUUAAAUUAAAUAAAUAACAUUUGUUCACUUGUUUA